AAAAAGAGUAGCGUCGAGUGUCAGCCAAUGAAGGGAAAGACAAAGUGGUUUCCGCGAUUCUCGUAUACUUCAUUGAACCCUCUGUUUCACGAAGUUACAAGAGUAUUAUAAAGUUACUGUAAAUGAUGAAAUCAUGUUUAUUAUAAUUAAUAAAAACAGGAAGAAAUAUAAUUUAAAACAGGUUGAAUCAGAGGCACCGAACAAAAUAUUUUAAUUUAUUUUUGGUGCAUAGUAAUCAAAUAUAUGAAAAUAAUCUUUUGGUAUCAAGCACUAACAUCAUUUACAUAUCGAGUUUCUGAUCUAUAGUUUCGUAAAUUGAAACGAAUAUCCGUCUUGCGGUGUCGUAAAUGUUUGAGCGGUGUCAUACCAUUACAUGUGUACCGUACAUUUUCUAGAGUCGUGUGAUAACUACUAGAAGAGUGUAGAAUGCUCUAGAUUGUGCGUGAAAAUGCUUGGUAUAAUUGUAUCUGGUCGACUCGUGCAAACGGAUUUCCAACAAAUAGGAGAAAACCAAUUCUUAAUAACAGUACCUGAUGCGGAUAACAUAAAUCAUAUUGUGGUAUUCCUUACUGGUACUAUACCUUUUCCUGAUGGAACAGGUGGCGCAGUGUAUUUUAGUUGGCCGGAUGCAAGUGCUCCGCCAAAUUGGCAAUUUCUUGGGUAUAUUUCCAAUAUUAAACCUUCGGCCAUAUUCAAAAUAUCAACACUGAAGAAGAACCAUGAAUUUGAAAACAGCAACGUAGGAAUAUUUGGAAUUGGAAAGAUUUCACAUGUAGCACAAAUAGGGGUUUCGAUAGAACCAAUUGGAGCCAUAGAGUUACAGGCAGCUUCAGUAUCUGAAGCCACAUCGAAUUCUUUCUUAGAGUUCGUACAAAAGAUGCUUACCAGUUUCUUAAAUUACGUAUCUAGUUUUUCUGUAACUCAGGCACAAAUGACACCAAAUCCAAUGGAAAAUUUUGUACCAUUGUCUACCAUUCAAGGAUGGUACGAAACAUUCGAAAGAAGGCUACAGCAGAACCCAAAUUUUUGGAAAGCUUGAUGUGAAAGUGUAAUUAACUCUUGCAUUGUUUAUUUGCGUUUUGACAGCACAACGUUUCUCAAGGCAUGUGCAUUUCUUAAAAUGUGGUGUAUUGGAUCACGUCGUACUGUGCCCAUAAACUUUAAUUUUUUAUAUUCUCAUUGACAAACAGUAUGUGGUAAUAAUAAGAAUAACUAUGAUGCAAUCGCGUACAGAGUUUAUCAUUAUCAAGGUGCAGAGUUUAUCACCUGAAAAUGUGCCUUAACGGCAUUGAUCUCGUAUCAUUUUCUUUUCUUUUUUCUUUUUAUUACAUACUAGUCGUAUAAUUAAUUAUGCUCUGAAUAGUUGCGUCAAUAUGUAAACGAUUCGUGUGCCAUUUCUUUUGAGAAGAAAAGAGAAACGAUCAAUCUGUGAUCAAUCAUUUAAAAAAAGAGUACACAUGAUACGAAUCGUCAUUAUAUUCAUAUUUCGAUGCAACGAUCACGAACUCGCGCGAAGUUCGAGUGUGCCAUCUCGCAAAAAAAUAAUCGAAGCACAAACGGCCACCGAGAACACGACAGCGCGCUCUAGUUUCUUCGUUGAAACUAAACAUAAUUCAUGAAUCCAAUUUUACAUAAUAAAGUUCGCUUAAUAAACAGUACGUAUACAUUUUUUUUUACAUAUUAAUACACGUAUCGUCUUCAUUAUUAUUAUUAUCAUGAUUAUUUUAAACAAUUUUUAUUUUCGUACACGACAAAUAUCGAAAUUCGAUAACGCGUUAAAAAUUAAAGUUAACAGCCGCAACCAAUAACAAAACGUUUCCGAACUUCUCUAUCUAAUAAAUAUCGCGCGUUGGAAAUGAUUGCGAAGAGAGGGGUCGAGUGAUGGAAACGCGGAUUGAUUUAUACAUAUUACAGGCUAAAUAAUCUGUCAGUGUAACUUUCGUAUCAGACGGAGAGUAUUUUUGAUAAAAAUCCAUUCCAAGUUGAGAUACUUAAUAAUAUCGUUGUCCCGCGAGAAAGGAACGGAUAGGAAGGAUUCUUUCGGUUGAUGGAGAUCUUGCGCCACAAUGCAAGCCAUUUUCGUGAACCCCCGUAACGAAAAGUAAUUGUGUUUGCAUCGAGUUGGUGCGGGAUCAGUUACACGGAGUGUCGUUUAUUUUCCAAGAUAUCUGCGCACGUAAUAAAUAAUCUGGAAGAUCUGCGUGUUUCCCACGUAGCCGAAAUCAACGACACCGUAGCGUCUUUUCACGGGGAAAUGAUCUCUGCGUCGAAUAAUGUUCACAUUCUGUUCCGCGUGUAAACGGCUGUCUAUGGAUUUUGCAUGAGGUAUUGAAACGACCGUCGGAUAUCGUCCAUCGCGGAGAAAUUUCCCAGUCCAAG